CUGAGUGUUUGAGGAGCUUCUGCUUUUUCUUCAUCUGCUUAUUUUCUCACGCGUUCACUUCCACAUUCACAGCUUCAGCUCUGCUGAAAACAGAAACACUCUGGUAUGGUGUGCACUGACCGCGGUGCUUUCAGGGACACUGGUAACACCAGAGACUGAAGUCAGACUGACCGCGGUGCGUUCAGGGACACUGGUAACACCAGAGACUGCAGUCAGACUGACCGCGGUGCGUUCAGGGACACUGGUAACACCAGAGACUGCAGUCAGACUGAGUGUGGUGCGUUCAGGGACAGCAGUAACACCAGAGACUGCAGUCAGACUGAGUGUGGUGCGUUCAGGGACAGCACUAACACCAUCAGCAGUGGUGUGUUUAGGUGCUGGUGUCCUCAGUGACUCUAACAGCUGUGAUGUGUUAAAGUUGUGAACAGGAAGUGAAGCUGAAGGCGUCGCUCUGCUGCUCAGACUGACAUUCAGUCGUCAUCCAGACAACAUGAAGACUCCGUCUGUGUCUCUGCUCCUCGGUGUGUCUGUGCUGCUGCUGUCUGGACUGACUGUUUCUGCAGAUGGUCGAGUUAUUCUGGAGAUCCCUGCACUUCCUGUGAUGACAGGAAGUGAUGUCACUCUGCGCUGUAGAGACAAAGACAACAACCGACUCGAUGCUUUUUUCUACAAGGAUGAUGUCCUCCUUGGAUCUGGACCUGAUGGAGAAUUUAUCCUCAGUAAAGUCCAACAGUCUGAUGAAGGUCUCUACUGGUGUUUACCUGAUCUGCAUGGAUUGUCUCCUCAGAGCAGACUGAGGGUCAGAGCUCCUCCUCCUCCUCCUCCUCCUCCUCCUCCUCCUCCUCCUCCUCCUCCUGCCUCCUCUGUCUCUGUGCUCAGACUCUUCUGCCAUCUAGUGGUCUUCUGUCCGUACUGCAUCUGCUCCGUCCUGCUGGUGUCCAUCUGCUGCAGCAGGAAGACAGGAAACAAACCAGCCAUCUCCAUGGAGACGACCCCACCUGUUGGAGGAGGAGGAGAGGAUGAAGAGUAUGAUGACAUCACUGCUGAUGUCACCACUGAGCAUGAGCUGUGAGCUGCAGAGACUGUGUUUGAUCAGGCUUCACAGUUAAAGGAUGAAAUGAUCAGGUUCAUCAGGGUCUGUCAGACGUUAGAAAACAGCUUCACUCUCUAACAGCUGAUUUAAUGUUGAUACUAACUCAUCAGCUCUGUUCUUCUUCCUUCAUAUCCUGGUGUAGUUGUCCCUGUGUGGAGCAGCUGACAGAGAUCAGCCAGCAUCGUGUCUCUCUGUGUCUUUCUGCUGUUCUGUCUGAAUAAAGAAUCAACCAAG